UCGACCCAGACGUCAAGACCGAUGUACAGAAAACCCCAGAGCCCACCUGGGUCAACCCCGCCAGCCCUCUCCGGACCAUGGGCUCUUUCGGGAGCGAUGCCGGCCAAAGGGUGCAGGUGGAGUUCUACGUGAACGAAAACACCUUUAAGGAGAGGCUGAAGCUUUUCUUCAUCAAAAACCAAAGGUCAAGCCUGAGAAUCCGCCUGUUCAACUUCUCAUUGAAGAUUCUCACUUGUGUCCUGUACAUAGUGAGAGUCAGCCUGGAUGACCCCAAGGAUUUAAAUGGCAACCCAUGCAGUCCAAUGUGCCGGAACAACAGUUGGACAAACACAGCAGAGUCAUCAGAAAUCAAGUGGGACCUGAUUUUCUGGGUGAACAGAAGGGAGUCGGUGUGGGCGAUACAGGUGUCGGUGGCCUUAAUCAGUUUCUUGGAGACCAUGCUUAUCACAUAUCUCAGCUACAAGGGGAACAUUUGGGAGCAGAUCUUCCAGAUAUCCUUCAUAUUGGAGAUGAUCAAUUCAGUGCCAUUUAUAAUCACAAUCUUCUGGCCUCCAUUGAGAAACAUAUUCGUCCCUGUAUUUCUUAACUGCUGGCUUGCCAAAGGUGCCCUGGAGAACAUGAUUAAUGAUUUCCACCGUGCCAUCCAGAGGACCCACUCUGCCAUGUUCAACCAGGUGUUCAUCCUUAUCUGCACCUUACUGUGUCUGGUUUUCACUGGAGCUUGUGGGAUCCAGCACCUAGAGAGAGCAGGGAAGCACCUGACCUUGUUUGACUCGUUCUAUUUCUGCAUCGUCACAUUCUCCACUGUGGGCUAUGGGGACGUAACGCCACAGAUCUGGCCCUCGCAGCUGCUGGUGGUCAUUCUCAUCUGUGUUGCCCUGGUGGUCCUCCCACUGCAGUUUGAAGAACUAGCGUACCUGUGGAUGGAGAGCCAGAAGUUAGGAGGAAACUACAGUCGUCACCGCGCACAGACAGAGAAGCAUGUGGUGUUGUGUGUCAGCUCACUGAAGAUCGACCUGCUAAUGGAUUUCCUCAAUGAGUUCUACGCUCAUCCCAGACUGCAGGACUAUUACGUGGUGAUUCUGUGCCCGACAGAGAUAGACAUUCAGGUUCGCCGUAUCCUCCAGAUCCCUCUGUGGUCUCAGCGGGUUAUCUACCUGCAAGGAUCUGCCCUCAAAGACCAGGACCUGAUGAGGGCCAAGAUGGAUGACGCCGAGGCCUGCUUCAUCCUGAGCAGCAGGAACGAAGUUGAUCGAACUGCUGCUGACCACCAGACUAUUUUGAGGGCCUGGGCUGCGAAGGACUUUGCUCCAAACUGUCCCCUCUACGUCCAGAUUCUCAAACCAGAAAAUAAAUUUCAUGUUAAGUUUGCUGAUCAUGUAGUGUGUGAAGAGGAGUUCAAGUAUGCCAUGCUGGCACUCAAUUGUGUGUGUCCAGCCACGUCCACCUUAGUCACGCUCUUGGUUCACACCUCCAGAGGACAGGAGGGACAGCUGUCACCAGAACACUGGCAGAAGAUGUAUGGCCGCUGCUCGGGAAACGAGGUCUACCAUAUCCGCUUGUGUGACAGCAAGUUUUUCGGGGAGUACGAUGGAAAAAGCUUCACCUACGCUUCCUUCCAUGCCCAUAAGAAGUAUGGUGUGUGUUUGAUCGGGGUGAAGAGGGAGGACAACAAGAGCAUCCUCCUGAACCCCGGCCCCCGCCAUAUCAUGGCUGCCGCUGACACCUGCUACUACAUCAACAUCACCAAGGAGGAGAACUCAGCCUUCAUCUUCAAACAGGAGGAGAAGCACAGCAAAGGUCUGGCCGUCACCGGCCUCUACGACGCCCCCUCCAGGCUGCCUGUGCACAGCAUCAUCGCCAGCAUGGGCACUGUAGCCAUAGAUCUCCAGAACCCUGAUCCGCCCGAGGAGAGCGGCAAACUGACCUUGCCGACGGAAAACGGCGCUGGGAGCCGCAGACCGAGCAUUGCACCUGUCCUGGAGAUCGCCGACUCCUCUGCCAUCCUGCCCUGCGACCUGCUCAGCGACCAAUCAGAGGAUGAGACCAACCAGUCAGAUGAGGAGGGCUCUGUAGGGUCAGAUUUUGUGAAGGGCUACCCUCCCAACUCGCCCUACAUCGGUAGCUCUCCAACUCUGUGCCACCUCCUACCACAGAAAGCUCCAUUCUGCUGCCUUCGCCUCGACAAGGGCUGCACACAUAACAGCUUUGAGGACGCCAAGGCAUACGGCUUCAAGAAUAAGCUCAUUAUAGUGUCUGCAGAGACCGCAGGAAACGGUCUCUACAACUUCAUCGUACCUCUGCGCGCUUACUAUCGGCCCAGGAAGGAGCUCAACCCCAUAGUGCUGCUGCUGGACUACCCGCCAGACAACCACUUCUUAGAGGCAAUUUGCUGCUUUCCAAUGGUGUACUUCAUGGCUGGCACUAUUGAUAACCUGGACAACCUGCUGCAGUGUGGUAUAAUCUACGCAGACAACUUGGUCGUGGUGGACAAAGAGAGCACCAUGAGCGCUGAGGAGGACUACAUGGCAGACGCCAAGACCAUUGUCAACGUGCAGACUAUGUUCAGGUUGUUCCCCAGCCUCAGCAUCAUCACUGAGCUCACACACCCAUCCAACAUGAGGUUCAUGCAGUUCAGAGCCAAGGACUGCUACUCACUUGCUCUCUCCAAACUGGAGAAGAUAGAGCGUGACAAGGGCUCCAACCUGGCCUUCAUGUUCCGGCUGCCGUUUGCUGCAGGCAGGGUGUUCAGUAUCAGCAUGUUGGAUACGCUGCUUUACCAGUCCUUUGUUAAGGACUACAUGAUCGCUAUUGCGAGGCUUCUCCUUGGUCUGGACACCACGCCUGGCUCUGGGUACCUGUGUGUUAUGAAGGUCACAGAGGAGGAUCUGUGGAUCAGGACUUAUGGCAGACUCUUUCAGAAACUUUGUUCCUCCAGCGCUGAGAUCCCCAUAGGGAUCUACCGCACCGAGUCACACAUGUUCUCAAGCUCAGAGCCUACACAAACAUCCAGCAUUAACACUGUCACCCUGCUCUCCCAGUCUCAGGUGUCCAUCAACGUGGAGCAGGGCGAGGAGCAUCGUGAGCGUGGAGAGUCCUGGAAGGAGAAGACGGCCCACAGAAACUCCACCACGAGCGACCAAUCGGAGCACCCGCUGCUGAGGAAGAAGAGCAUGCAGUGGGCGCGGCGUCUGAGCAGGAAGAGCAACAAACCGUCAAGUCGAGCCGAGCGCAUCUCGCAGCAGAGACUCAACCUGUACCGACGCUCCGAGCGACAGGAGCUGUCUGAGCUGGUCAAGAAUCGCAUGAAGCACCUGGGCCUGCCCACCGUGGGAUAUGACGAGAUGAACGACCACCAGAACACGCUGUCCUACGUCCUCAUCAAUCCUCCUCCUGACACCAUGCUGGAGCUCAAUGACAUCGUGUACAUUAUCCGGUCUGACCCACUGGCACACAUGCCAGAGGACGCACAGGUGGGGCAGGCACGCAGCACAAGGAACCAGCAGGACUUUGGCACAGAGACAAGAGACGAGACUCACCUCUGAAACAGAAGAACAGAACAGCUGUCUAUUGUGAAUGUGCAUUAUGUGUCUCUCAGGCUCAGACCAGAAACAAUCAGACAGCGCUGAGAGACCUGUUGUUUCCCACUGAGCUGCUACAGGAGGAUGCAUGAAGAGUGCCUCGUCACCCCAACUCCACUCACAUGCCUCUACUAACUGUACUAAUACACAUCGCCCUCGCUAAACAGUCUGGAACUGAGAACAAGGUACUGGAAAUGACUCCCUCAUCCCCACUAACCAAAGGUCUGAGAGGUUUGAUUGCUGUUGUGAGAGGUCUUUGGACAGUCAGAGGAUUUUUUUUGUGCAUAUAUAGGAUAUUAAACCAUUCUUUCGCCCAACAAUGUUUUGCUCAGGGGUGAAGUUGCCCUCACACCGUGACUCAGACCGACUUCCUCUGCACCUGUUUCUACCUAAACUCACAAAAGAACUGAAUCUCGGGGCAACUACACCCUCCUCCACACCGUCAUCAUCAUGUUUUUUAAAGAGAACGGUAAAUGCUUUGAAUUUCUAGCUCUUCAAGCAUUUACCAUGAAAUUACAAUACAUGUGCACUUUUCCUUAAUUUAUUACAGAUGUUUUAGUUUGUAUUGACUGUUUGUAUGCUCUUUAUCAGACAGGAUUUUCAUUUUCUUUAUGAGCACAAACUUUUUUACAACAAACUGUCCCCUGGCAUUUUUAAUCAGCCAUAUAAAAAAAUAUUUUCUGUUAUGUUUUUGGAAACUAAUUUUUGUUGUAGUUAUUGUUGAAAAGUGAAUAUUGUUAAUUUAUUUCACUAUUUAUAUAACAGUCUCAGAUUAUGUCUGCUCUACUAUAUGUGCCAUUUUGUUUAUUUUUUGAGAUAUUUAAAUGUUUAAAUUUGUACAUCAGUGCCAUUCUGCAUCUAUUUUUAUGAUAUCAGUGUUAGUGUUUUUUAUUUUAGAACCUGGCCAAUACAUAAAUCAUACACCUGCAGUAUAGAAAUACCAAAAGAAUACUGGUAAAUGAGGGAUAUAUUCAUACAAAAUAUGAAUUACUCAUUUGUAUCAGCUAUUUCAACAAUCAUAAAUUAAGUUAAUGUUAAUAAUACAGGCUUGCCCACACCCUGCACUACUUAAUUUACUAGAAAUCAGUAUAGGUUAUUGUAAUUCUAUAAGC